GUAAAAUUGACUCUCGUUGCAAUCUCUAUUUUCGGUUGCCCCAGCCGCGAAGGGUCCGCUGAAGUCAUCGCAUAUCUUCUUGGGCACGGUCAGCAAAUGUGUUUCCUCCCUUGCGUGAACGCAGCAUUCUGAAAUGAGCGCGGCGCAUUUCGCGGUCACCGUUUUCCGAGCGCGUCUGUACAUCCCGUCACCGUGAGAAGUUCGUCGACCGAGAAGGAUUUGCCGCAGGUCUUCGACAGCGAGGCAGUGAGGCGGAACAUACUGCGUCAUUCUAAGUGUGUGCGCCAGGGCUACAGAUAGCCUUUCCCUCAGUAUAAGUGCAAUUAAUUGGUGCUGCAAGAUAAGCGCAACUGUGGAUCCGUGACUAGACAUUCCAGUGUCCAUGGUUCUACACGUGGCAUUUCUGAGCUGGUCUUCAUCGUGUGUGCGAUAGCAGGGCAACAGAGCUGGCUAAGUUUCGCGCUUAUUCCCUAAUACAAUACAGUUAGCUUAAGCAAAACCUUACAAAUAUAAAUAAAGGGGAACGAAAAGGAUAAGAGUAAGUGCGGCGCACGUUGCAACGCGAGAGAGUCGCCUUGGAACGCAGAAGGGAGCCGAGACCGUCAUGGCGACGAAGAUUGUCCUGCACGCCGUAUUACUCUGCAUCGUAUCAUCUGGCCUUGGGAUUUCGCUACCGUAUCUGUGGUCAAGUGGGCAAGAACUUAGGGCAAUGUGCAAGAAGGUGGUCGACCGAUCCGCAACGUGUGACGAGGUAGUGGCGAGAAGCGAGACGUUCAAAAAGAAUAAAGGGAAGUACAGGCCAUUAUUGCCCCCACAGACAUUCGGGAGAGCUGUAGUGGAGUGCGUAGAGAGCACGUUGUCCGUAGCAGACAUGUACAAAGUUUGCGAUGAAGCAGAGACGUUUAAAAAGGCAUUGCAGUGCUACAGGGAAGUUAUCAUGGACUUCACGCCUCCAGAGGCCGUGGAAGUUCUUGAGGAACUGGUCUCAGUAUAUGAGAACUGCAUGAUCAGCUUCUUCAAUUCUUCGAUGACAACUACGAUGGCACCUACCGGCGGGUCAACAAAGCCAAAAUAAAGUUCUAGUAUGAAACGUU